AUGACAGGGACAUCCUCUGGUUUUGGUCGUCGUCUUACAGGCCUUGCACUUGCAAGAGGCGAUCGCGUUAUCGCGACAGCUCAUCACGCUGCUCGCGUAUGGAAUGGUAUUGAUGUAUUGGUGAAUAAUGCAGGCUACGGCUUGCCUGCACUUCUUGAAGAAGGAGGUGCCUCGCUUAUGCUCCGCCAGUUUCAAACUAAUUUUUUCGGGGUGGUCAACAUUUGCAAUGCAGUAUUACCCUACAUGAGAAAGAAACGCAAUGGCACAGUUGUGGUCAUCGGCAGUAGGAGUGCAUGGAAGCCGGAAAGAGUUAGAGGCCUUGGGUUUUAUGCUGCAAGCAAAGCUGCUGUGCAUGCAAUGAGUGAAUCAUUGGCAUUGGAGUUGGAGCCAUUCAAUAUCCGGGUAUUGCUCGUGGAGCCAGGGUCAUUCCGCACCGAGGGCAUCCUUGAUUAUGACGAGCAGCGUGCUGUUGGCCGUGUGAACUUCUCUAAGACUGCUGGGAAGCAACCAGGCGACCCGGACAAGGCUAUGGAGAUCGUUGUAGAUGUGGUGAAGGGAGAGGGCUGCGCCGCAGGUCGAGAAUGGCCACUGUAUCUUGUACUGGGCAAGGAUGCAGAGGCCGAUAUUAGAAACAAGUGCGCCAAGGUUCUGAAGCACCUUGACGACUGGAAUGACGUUAUCAGAGGUGUUGAUGUGGUAUGA